UCGGCGGAUUGGUUUGACAGUAUAAACGUAGCAGUCCACGUAAGCAACUGGACUAACUUGUGGGCUUGAUUUGCUUAAAGAGGUGCAGAGAUUUUGUUGUGUUAAACUGUCAUCAGAUUUUUUUUUUCUUUUCCGAUCUUGAUAUUUCAGAUCGCAGAGAUCGCGCUAUCGCUGUUUGCCGCCGACGGAGCCAUCACUUGUUGGUUGUUUUUUGUUUGGGGCUUCGCUGUUUAGUGGCCUCGGUUCUCCAUUGUUCUCAUCUUUGUUGUCAUUCGGAUCGCCUCAACAAUCUCUCUCUCGGAACAAAGUUGUUUGCGCCGAGAGGAACUGAGUCAAUUGCCAGUUUUUUUUCACCGACGACUUUCAAUUUCCGGUCUCCGAGAAGUCUGCAGAGACUAAUAGUGCUGUUUAUCCCAUCGACGACCCCUCUGCUGCUGUCGCCAGUUGUCGUCGGUUGUGUACUUGCCGUUUGUAACUGUUUUUGUGAUCUGUGUCUUCGUUUGGGGCUGAUUGCUUGGUCCUUUGCCAUCGACUGGUUCUUCUCUAUUGCCGAGAGAGAGUUGCAGAGGCUGCCGUGUCCUAGUCGUAGGUGAGCCGCAGUUUGGUGACUGAAAUUGUGAAGAAGAUGAAGGGUGUUUGGCUACACGCGCAUUCUUUUUGCCAGCUAGACGCCACCUAGGAUUCUGCCUAGGAAAUCGGCCAAACCCAUCGGCGUAAAUAUCAUUUUCCAUAUAAUAUAUAUAUCUACGCGUAUAAUCAAUGAAAGAACACUGAGCAAUCUAGCCGAAACUGUCCGUCUUAUUUCCACUGAAGUCCCUCCUCUAAAGGUUCGAAACCCUAAUUCAUGCAAGGACUCCAAUUGAAGACAGUUUUGAAUGAUCUUCAGAUUCGAAGGUAGAAGAGUCGAUGGAAUCGUAAAGGUACAAUCUUUCGAAAAAAUAUUUAAGGUACAGUACAACUGAGGCUCUAAAUGUGUGUGUGUGUAUAUAUAUAUAUAUGUGCGUAUGUGAUGAUACUUCAUUGUCUCAAUUGGAAUAAAAAAGAAUCGCCUUUUUGUUCCUUAUUCGAAUAAUAAUGGACUUCUUUCCCGAUGAUGUGCUGGUUGAGAUACUGUGUCGAUUGCCGGAAAAGCCUCUGACUAGGUUCAAAUGUGUAUGCAAAUCAUGGGAUUAUCUGAUCUCUGUGUUUUGCUUGCCCAGAGUGUCUCUUCCUCUCUGUGGCCUUUUCUUCCGUACUUAUGCUCUCCCACCUCAUAUGCCCCUUAUAACCACACACGCCAGGCGCCCAGUAUGGGAUGCAUUUUUAAAGCAUUUGGGGCGCUUUGACAACGAAGAGCUUAUUGAUUAUGUUUCUGUAGAAGACAACAGUGGCAUUGAUGGUGGUGGUGGAGGAGGAUUUGUUGAUUCUGAAUUUUUGGCUAACUUGUCGUUCCAAAAGACUAAUGCAAAUGACUUUCUUGAUAGUUGCAAUGGCUUAUUUUUGUUCUUCAAUUCCUUUGAUUUCCGGUACUAUGUGUGCAACCCUGUGAUGAAGCAAUAUGUGCCGAUUCCCAAAGCUCGCUGCCAUCAGCAGCAUCAUUGCUAUGCAGCAUUGGCUUUUAACCCAUCCGAGUCCCUUUGCUACAGAGUUGUACGCAUUGCAAGAUGCAAAAUGGAAAAUAAACUUGUGUUGGACAUAUACUGUUCUAAUACUGAACAAUGGGUUAGACACCGGGUACAAAUUGAUUCCUGCAUUAAUGGGCGCUCCUGGAUAAGGCAUGCUGUUUACUUUCUCGGUGCACUGUACCAGUUAUCUUUGUCUAAGCACCUUUUGAGGUUUGAUCUCAAUGAAGUCGGUGUUCAUGCUGUUGAGCUCCCAUUGACAGAAAGUGAAAAUCGAAAUCUAAUUGGAUGUAUUGGGGUGUUGAUGGGCCGGCUAUGUUAUGCGAAGAAAACCCCCACCACGUUGUUCAUUUGGUCACUUGAAAGAGACUGUAAGGCCAUGGAAUGGGCUUUGAAGUAUAGGAUCAACAUGGCUAGUUUAAUAAAUGAUUUGGUGCUUUCUAAAGGGCUUUCUCGUUCUCGGUUUUUGUGGUUUCAGCCCUUUGCUUUUCAUCCGACUUCUGAUGUUAUCUUCUUGAGCAUUCCGCUUAGGAUCCUGAGUUAUGAUCUCAAAAGGCAAAGGUUAGAAGAGGUGUACAAACCAAGGGAUGGCGUAAUAGUAGAAGGGCGAUAUUAUCCAGGCUUUACUUGUUUUCGUCUCCUGGUCUCCCUAAACCAUUUGGGCAAGAUCCAGUAUAGAUCAACUCAGCUAACAUCUAUUUCACAAGACAUGAAGAUUUUGAGUUUGGAAAUGCCAUCUGAUGAAAUACCCAAUGAAGGUGCAUGACAAAUGGAACCCCACAUGCUAGGAUGAUUGUCCUAUGAAUUUGGUGUAUGGGAUUUAUGUUAAAUUAUCCUAAUUAAAAUGCGUAAGGUAAAACUAUGUUAUAAGAUGUGUGUGUUAAAUUAUGGAACUGAAUAAUUUUAAAAAAUGUAAUGUUUAUCUUUCAUGCUUCAAUAAUUAUGUCUGGAGUGUUAUAAUAAUAAUUUUUUAUUUUCUCAA